AUGGCAACGAUGCUGGCGCGCCGCAGUGUGCUCGGGCUUACUCGGACCUUCUCCAGCCGCCGAGGCGCCAAGCGUGCAGGGCGCCCGUCCUAUGGAGAAGACAGCGACGCUUUUAGCAUGGGCAGUGCGAUGAGUCUCAAGGCAAUCGACCGAGUCCUCGACGACGAAGCGCGCCGGAUACGUGGCGAGCCAUCGCGCGACGAAGGCCGGCAGCGCCGAUGGGCCGCAGCCAUGGAGAAGAAGAACGCGCGCAAGCAAUCGCUCGACUACUUGCAGCAGCCGCUCUUCCGCAGUGGCAGUGUCGCUGGCAAAACCUUUGGCGGCCGAUCGCUCUUGGACUACGUCUCUGUCGCCUCGGGGUUGUUUCCGGGACCCAUUCACAUCAUCGCGACGCCCGACGACGAAGCACCGUUCGCUGCCGCGCUUGCGUCCAUGCGCGUCGUCGGUAUCGACUGCGAGUCGCGACCCCAAAUGUUUGGCCGGUACGACCCGCCCGUAGCCAUGGUGCAAGUCGCCAGCCACGACCUCUCGCUGCUGUACCGCAUUCGAUACACCUCCGCGCAAGACGGCCUCACGGUUAUCCAGCCAACGUUUCCUGCGCUCCAGGCGCUGCUCGCAGACGCGAACAUUGUCAAGAUCGGCCACGGCUGCAAGUCGGACUUCCAGGGCAUCCAAAAGGACGGUAUCGCGCCUGUGAUUCGGUCGACGCUCGAUACGCUACCCGUUGCGUCCGGCAUUGGGUGUCUGAAGCCCAACCUUGCCGCCUUGGGACUCAUCUGGCAAAGCCUCCGCAUCGACAAAGCGAUGCAGACAUCAGACUGGGAGUGCUCAGAGCUCUCGUUGGCGCAGAUCCAGUACGCAGCGACGGACGCGUGGAUGGCUCGCCAAGUGAUGCUCUCGAUGCUCCAAAUUUCCGCCAGCCACAAGCUCGUGCACGUCGUCGACUACCUUCCGGACGGCCGCGUUCACAGAGCGAAAAACUCUCGGGAGACAAUCACGCAGCUGUGUGUCCUUGCGCAGGCAGAAGGCAUCAACCGUGCGUGGGAACCCGCUCUCGCGUUGUCGAUGCCGACCAACGACGACAUUUACACAAUGUAG